AAAAUAUCUGCUCUACCCUUUUACAAAGCUUGUACCAGCAGUCUACCACCUUUCCUUUCUUGCAUUUCCAGGCAAAUGCGCAGACUGUUGAAGUUUUGAUCCCCCCACAAUGAAGCAACUCGAACCAACAACAGCAACUCUAAAACCACCACAUUGCAAGAACCCUCGGAGAACCAAGGCUAAAGACCAGUCUUCAAGGCCCCAAAGUGUGCUCCCUGACAGCACCAAGAACAGCAGCAGGAAGAGUUUGGUGAUGAAGACCAAGCCUAAAUCUGGGGACCAGCUGCAACUGGGUGGAUGUUAUCAAAAGGGUAGAGUUGUGGAACAAUUUGGAAGGCCUAGGCGUCCUAAUGUUGUUAAAGAAAACACGAGUUCAACAGAGAAGAAGAAUAGUGUUGAUGGACUGAGAGAGAAGCUGAGUUGUACUGAGGGUUUGGUUAAAGAUUUGCAGGCUCAGAUGAAGGGUUUGAGGGCUGAGUUGGAUGGUGCAAGGAGCUUGAAUAUGGAGCUGGAGCUUAUUAAUAGAAAACUCAGGGAGGAUCUUGCUGCUGCUGAAGUCAAAUUAGCUGCUCUUUCGAGCCCUCACCCUGGCUUGGACCAGGUGCAGCUGCAGAGGGAGUCAAGUGGAGAGUACCAGAGCCCCAAAUUCAAGGACAUUCAGAAACUCAUUGCCAACAAGUUGGAACACCCAAAAGUUAUAAGGGAGACAAAAAUAGUUCAAGCGCCAUUAAUGGAAACUGCUUGUUUGACUUCAAAAGAUGCCAGCUCAAAGACAGGUUCACCAAUAAUUCACUCUCUGCCACCGCCUCCACCACCACCACUGCCGCCGCCUCGGUUCCCUGCUAAAGGAGCCACCACCCCAAAGGCUCAUUACCUUAUAGUGGACUUGUUGACAAGGGCAGAAAAGAAAAAAGAUCCCUCAGCAGCAGCAGCAUGGAAUCAGAAAAAACCCACUAUUGUUAGCGUGCAUAGUAGCAUAGUUGGUGAAAUUCAGAACCGUUCGGCUCAUCUACUAGCUAUAAAAACAGAUGUCGAAACAAAGGGAGAAUUCAUCAACAGCCUCAUCCACAGAGUGUUGGUUGCAGCCUAUACAGAUAUAGAAGAUGUUGUGAAAUUUAUCAACUGGCUCGACAAAGAACUUGCAUCCCUGGCCGAUGAACGUGCUGUGCUAAAGCAUUUUAAGUGGCCGGAGAGAAAAGCUGAUGCCAUGAGAGAAGCUGCUAUCGAAUAUCGUGAUCUAAAAUUGUUGGAAACAGAGAUUUCUUCCUACGAGGACGACACUGGCAUUCCCUGUGGAAGUGCCUUGAAGAAGAUGGCUGGCCUACUGGACAAAUCGGAAAAGAGCAUACAGGGGCUUAUCAAACUGAGAAAUUCAGUAAUGCGUUCUUAUCAGGAGUGUAAGAUUCCGGUCGAUUGGAUGCUUGAUUCAGGAAUGGUAUUUAAAAUAAAGCAGGCUUCGAUGAAGCUGGUCACAAUGUAUAUAAAGAGAGUGGGAACGGAGCUUCAAUCGGUACGCAGUUUAGACAAGGAAACUGCACGAGAGGCACUGCUUCUUCAAGGCAUGCAUUUCGCAAAUAGGGCUCAUCAGUUUGCCGGAGAUCUCGACUCGGAAACGUUGUGUGCUUUUGAAGAGAUUAGGCAGUGCAUUCCAGGACACCUGGUGGGAUCCAAAGGAUUGUUGACCGGAAUAUCAUCGGCAUGAGUCGUGUGGUUGGUACAUAGAUUUCAUUUAUCAGUACUUGUUUUUCCAUUUUGUCCUUUGAAGCAGUGGUAGUUGUGGAUAUAUAUAUACAUGCACAUGGGUGGAGGAGACUAUAUAUAUAUACACAUGUGCAUCUAUGUAUGCAUGCCUGCAUGUGGGAGAAGGGAGACUGUCCAGCAAAACAACACGGUAGAAGUGAUGUGAACCUGGAGAUUUUAGCACAACAAUUUAUCUGCAGCGGGUUUGGUAUUCUGAAUA